UCUUAUUUUGCUGAUAAAAAGCCUUUCUUGUAUUUUAUUUUUGUUUUCAAUACUUUGGAUUGUUUUUUUAAUAAGUAAGGAUUCAUUUGAAUAAAGAAAAAAGGCUAGAAUUAAGUAAAAAAGGAAAUUUUUGGCUAUGGUUGGGUUAUUAAGAUUAUGUAUUUUAUUGGUGAUUUCUGGUAUUGCAAGAUUCAGUAAAAAUGUUGGAGUAUAUGCAUCAAUAAAAAAUGAAGGAUUAUCUGAAAAACAGCCUACUUUUGAGGUAGUUUAUCUCAAAAAUGCGGGCUUUGUAGAGCAGUUUACGGAAGAUUGGAAAGAAAGAUGGAUAGUAUCUUCCGCACUUAGGCAUACAGAUGGAAAUGAUACGUUUUUUUAUGUUGGGGAAUGGAGAGUUGAAGAACCUCUUGUAUAUAAAGGAAUUAUUGGUGAUAAGGGUUUGGUACUUAAGACUGUGGCGGCUCAUCAUGCUAUUUCGGCAAAAUUUGAUAAACCAAUAAAUAAUAAAGGGAAGACGUUAGUAGUUCAGUACGAAGUUAUGCUUCAAAAUAGAUUAGAAUGCGGGGGAGCAUAUUUGAAACUUAUAACCGAAUCGAAUGAAGAUAUUCGUUAUAAGGAAUUUAGCGAUAAAACGCCCUAUACAAUUAUGUUUGGACCGGAUAAAUGUGGAGCGACGAAUAAGGUGCAUUUUAUUUUUCGACAUAAAAAUCCAAUUACGGGUAAAUAUGAAGAAAAACAUCUUAAAUCACCACCUGUUAUCGAUGAUUCUAAGUUUACAACGCUUUACACAUUGAUAGUUAGGCCUGAUCAGUCAUAUGAAGUUCGUAUUAACAAUAAAGUUUCUAAAAGUGGGAAUUUGUUGACUGAUUUUGAACCUCCAGUAAAUCCGAAUAAGUUUAUUGUUGAUCCUCUUGAUAAGAAGCCGGAAGACUGGGUUGAUCAGGCUAAAAUUGCUGAUCCAAAUGCAAAAAAGCCGGACGAUUGGGAUGAAGAUGAACCUUUUGAGAUUCUCGAUGUAAAUGCUGUAAAGCCAGCUGAUUGGCUUGAAAAUGAGCCAUUGAUGGUUCCGGAUCCAGAUGCUAAACCUCCUGAAGAAUGGAAUGAAGAAGAAGAUGGAGAAUUUACUGCGCCUUUGAUACCAAAUCCUUUAUGUAAAGAAGCAUCUGGAUGCGGUCCUUAUAUGCCAAUGAUUCGGAAUCCUAAAUAUAAAGGAAAAUGGAAACCUCCUCUUAUUGAUAAUCCUAAAUAUGUUGGUGAAUGGAAACCACGUAAUAUUCCUAAUCCUGCAUAUUUUGAAGAUAAUUCUCCCUCUAAUUUUGAAACAAUUAUUGGAGUUGGUUUUGAGCUAUGGACAAUGCAAAGUGAUAUUUUGUUUGAUAAUAUUUAUAUCGGACAUUCCGUAGAAGAGGCUGAACAGUUUGCCAAAACUACCUUUCAAGUGAAAUAUGAGUAUGAGAGGAAGCAAGAAAAAGGCAUCACUCCUGAGCCAGAAGUAGUAUUAGAUGAUGUUGCAAAAGAGUCAUAUUUCGAUGUUGCAGUAAAAAAGGUUACUACGUUCGUUGAUUUAGUAAAAACUAGUCCUGUUUCGGCUUUUAAACAGAUGCCAGGAACAGCAUCUACCAUAGGAGUUGUAUUCGUUACUUUUAUAGCUCUUUUGUUUGGGCUGGUUACUUUGGUUUCUUCAGGACAUACUUCAGCUGGGUCGGAGAAAGUGGAAGAUGAUCAUUCAAAAUCUGAUGAGACUUUGAAGGAUGACUUGUCUGAUGGUGCUCGUGAUUCUUCAGAACAAGUUACAUCUAAAAAACGUACGACUCGGCGUACUGAUUAGCUUUGGGGCUUUAUUUUCUAAAAAUAAAUUUUUAUUUUAAAUUAAUAAAUUUUAUUUUUGUAUUAGUAUAUUGCAUCUAAUAAGAAC